UAAAUGAAGAAGAGAUUGGGAAUGGUAGGGAAAUCGAUGGCCGAUCAUCUCAAGGUACUGGUGAUAGCCUUUAUAAAGAAGCAGAACUUCUAAGUGUUCAAUCAGUGGAUAGUCCUCGUGAUUUGGACGAAGUGAUUUUCUCGGGUGCUCCUACCAUUGAGAAGGGGAUGCAACUUUACGAGGGGAAUCUAGCACAUGGGUCACAAAAAAUCAAGGAUCUGAUAAACGACGUUAAAUCCGCAAAACGAAAGUUUAUUAAUCAAUUUUUGAAUACGACUUCAAAUUCUUUUGUUUCAUCACCUCACUCUUUCCCAUCGAUCCCUAUUUCUUCGUCUAAUAUGAAUAACGUUAAUCCACCGAUACUUUCCAACUCCCAAGUGUGA